UCAAAUAAACGAAACUCGAUCAUUCGGGUUUUAGCAGUCUGGGACGGUGUGGGACCCAAUCUUCCCCGUCUUUAUUGUCGUCUCCAGAAUCAAGCGUUCUCUCAACUCCGCCGCAAAACACACGAAUUUAUCAUCACAAUUUAUCAUACUGUACAGAAUCACAGACUUCCCGAAAUUCAUAGCAUUAGCAUUUAUCUGUUUCCAAUUGUAUACUUUUUCACACAAAAAAUCCCAGUUUUGAUUCAUUUAUUGUUUAUUCUUUAAAUUUUGUGUAGUUUUUCUUGAUCUUGCUGUUGAAUUUUCUGGUGUUGUAAUUUUGAUAAAAUAAUGAGGAGAAAUAGGCAAAAGAAGCAGAAUUUCUCGCAACGCGGCCGAGAAAAAGAUGAUUGGACUGUAAAGCCUUUAAGUGAUUCUCCCUUAAAAGUAGUUGAUCAUCAUCAAGAUGAUGUUGAACAUCCCCAAACCUCAAAUUUCAUGCCCUCUGAUGGUAUUAAAGUCAAGUGGGUAUCGAAAAAUCGGGUUUCCGAUGCCAAAAACUCGGGUUCUGAGCCGGAAUUUGAGGUGGGUGAGCUCGAUUCCGGGCCAAAAUCUGAGGUGGCUGAGUCCAGUUCAGCAGCGACUGAAGGUGGGAAAAGGUUGGAUGAGAGAGAAAGUGAGGCAGGAGAGAGAAUUUGUGGAAUUGGGGAAAAAGUGUUGGUGGGAAUUAGUGAAGGUUCUGAGUUGAGUAAAGAAGGUAAUGGCGUUGACGAUGUUGUUAGAAGAUUGGAAGAGUUGCAAUUUGAGGCUGAAGAAGUAGGAAUUUCUGAAGAACAGAUUAAAAUUAAUGAUCAAGCUCAAGAGGAUGAGUUGCUUGCCAUGGAGUCCAUAUAUGGAGAUAAUGUCUAUGUCCUUGAAAAGCGACGGGGCUUACGUUCUUUCCAGAUUCAUAUACAUAUUGAACUUCCCGGUGCAUAUUCUGUAUCAGCAAAACUAAAGGAAGAUACUCUUGCUAACUCCAAAGUGUGCGACUCAGAUGACUUCUUAUAUACUUUCAAAGUCCAGUAUCUUCCACCUAUUAUAUUGACCUGUUUGUUGCCUAAAUCGUACCCAAGUCAUUGCCCACCUUCUUUCACAAUCUCAGUUCAAUGGUUGCAUGAAUCUAGAAUUUCCAAGCUUUGCUCAAUGCUGGAUUUAUUGUGGAAUGAGCAAGCAGGGCAAGAGAUUCUCUACCAGUGGGUGGAAUGGCUACAUAGUUCUUCUCUUUCAUACCUUGGUUCUGAUGAAGAACUUCUGCUUGGACCAUACAAUGUGAAAAGUGUUCCAGAUAGGCGUGCUUUCUCUGGAAGUCUUUCUCCUGACAUUGAUAUUCCUUCAAUGAGGAGUUACAAUGAAGAGAGAGUACAUGAGAACUUCCUUAGCGGUUGUCAUGAAUGUUGCAUCUGUUUCAGCGAAUAUGCCGGGACAGAAUUUUUAAGAUUGCCAUGUCAUCACUUCUUUUGUGUAAAAUGCAUGACAACUUAUGCUGAUGUGCACGUGAAGGAAGGCACAGUAAACAAGCUGCAGUGUCCGAGUACUAAAUGCGGUGGUAUGAUCCCCCCUGGUUUAUUAAAACGGCUGUUGGGUGAUGAAGAAUUUCAACGUUGGGAAUCAUUGGUGUUACAAAAAUCCCUUGAUGCAAUGCCUGAUGUAGCUUAUUGCCCCAGAUGUGAAACACCAUGUCUAGAAGAUGAUGACCAGCAUGCUCAAUGCUCAAAGUGCUUCUUUAGCUUCUGCUCUCUUUGCAGGGAAAAACGCCACGUGGGGAUCGCAUGCAUGACUCCAGAGAUGAAGCUAAAAUUUCUCGAGGAGCGCCAAAAUUCAUCUCUUAUUAAGGAUGAACAAAGACGCAAGGAGCUUGAUAUGAUUAAUGAACUUCGUAGUGUGAAGGAAAUACUCCGUGAUGCCAAGCAAUGCCCUAAUUGUAAGAUAGCUAUUUCUAGAACUGAAGGUUGCAACAAGAUGGUGUGCACACAAUGUGGGAAGUACUUUUGCUACCGUUGCAGCAAAGCAAUUAGUGGAUAUGAACAUUUCAGGGAGGAGGGAGGGUGUCAACUUUUUCCACAAGAAGCAAUUGUGCAGUGGGAAGAGCAAGUUAAUGCCCGCCAAGUUCUGGGUCAGAUUCAGGCUCAAAUGUUUGCUGCAAAUGCCCGGCCUUGUCCUGGCUGUAAGCAAUUGAAUGCUAAGAUGGGAAACAAUAAUCACAUCUUCUGCUGGGCAUGCCAAAACCACUACUGCUACCUUUGCAGAAAGAUGGUGCGGCGUAGCUCUGAGCAUUAUGGACCCAAAGGCUGUAAACAGCAUUCAGAAGGAUAGAGGAACGGAAUACAGAGAAAGAAUACAAGAACCUGCCUACCUUGAGGUCAGGUUAGAGUUUCUUCUCCCUCUGAUAGGGAAAGUAGUACAGUCUGGGUAAAUCUUUUUCAUACAUUGAGCUCUCUGUUCAAUGUGGAAUUCCUGAGCUAUAUUGGAUUAAAUGGUUUUCUCUUUAAAGAAGUGUUUCCAAUGUUGAUUAGUGUGCUUUACCACACUAGAUGAGUUAGCUACAGACUGUUUUAAACAGACAAUAAUUAGAGUCUCUUGGUAUUUAUUUCUAUCUGGAACAAUUUUUAUUCAUAUUCAGUUACAUAGAAUGACUUGAAAUAGAAAGACAUGAAGGAGUUGGAAUUAACUUGAACAGAAAUGUUUCCAGUUUUACCAAUUUUAUUCUAGAAUCUGGAUCAUUGGCGUAACAUGUUACAUGCCCCUUUGGGAUACCUUCUUUAUUAGUCCAUAUCUGUUGUACUCAGUUGCAGCAGUCAUGAACUCUUCAUCUGAUUCAAGAGCCCUCAUUGAAUUAGGUGGUAGACAUAUCUCUAAAUCCACACUCCCGCCCCCUUCAUAACCUGGGUAAGCGGUCACUUUGCCAACAAAUUUGUUUGCAUACCCACUACGAACUGCAACAGCUUUCCCAAGACCAAAUUCAUUUCCAUACAUAUCAAAUCUUGGUGAGCUUCCCAUCAUCACACUGUAAGGAUCAAACAUUUUGCAUGGCUGGUAAACAAAAGGAGAUUGGAGCCAUCCAUUGAUGAAAUCAUGCACUGUUUUGUCACUGUGGUUUACAACUGACUGGUGCAACAAUGACGCUGCCCACCCUAAGUUGUGUCCAAGUAGUUCACCAGCAGUAGUAGUGGUUACUAUUGCAGUAACACAAUUACCUAUAGGGGUGAGCAAAAAGUCAGGGUAGGUGAGCAAAAAGUCAGGGUAUCCUGAAUCGAAACCGUAACCUGUUGUGCAGAUUCCGGUUCCGGGUAACAAAUUUGGGAACCUGUUGCAACAGGUUCCGGUUCUCAUUACCCUGUACACACCAAUUCUAACAUGGAGUACCCAAAAUAAGGUACCAGACCAUAUAAAAAUGUUUCAUAUGCCCAAAAAACCAAACCAUAAAGUAGAUAAUUUUUCCAAUAAAAUAGCAAUAAUUUAUUUAAAUUUUUAAAAUGACAGGGUGCCCUGAAUAGGAACCUGUUGCAACAGGUUCCGGUUCCUGUUCCUGGAAUUCUGGAAUUUUAACAGGGUACCCUAUUGUGCUCACCCCUAACACUUACCUACAUAUUCGGGAAGCAGAGGAGGAUCUAAUCUAUGCCUGUUGUUGCUAGCAAUUCUGCAACUUGUGAUCUGAUCUUCAGAUAAGCAGUUUGCUCUCACAAUUGAUCUCCACACAAGUGCAGAGAGGCUCUGAAAGGAAGAAAUGUUGUUGCAGGUGUUGCUGCUUUCUUUGUUGGCCUUUGCUUUUAUUCUUGCUAUAGAAACUUUAGAGAAAUGAAAGAUUCUUUCUUUGAGUUGAUCUGUUUCAAACCUGCUUACAAAUUCAUUUGGGUGGGUAAAGGGAAGUUGAACGAUUGGGCCAUACCCGUCAGGAAACCAACGUUCAUGAAUGGGAAGACGUGAAACAAGAAGCUGCUUAUAAUUAUUAGCUCUAUGUAUUUCUGACCAUAAUUUCCAGAAAUGCCAAUAUGAGGUUCCAUCCACUAUCGCAUGGUUCAUGGAACAGCCAAUAAAAACCCCAUCUACAAGCUCAGUGACCUGAACCGAUAACAGAGGCAGUUCAUGACCAUCAUGGUUAAUGGCUCGAUCAUGGUCAAACAAUGACUGAACCACCACAGGAACCUCUUUCGGUGACAGAAUCUCAGAUACGGUCAUAUUUAACGUAGCAUAUAUAAACCUAGCUCCAUCACCCUUGUUGCAGUCUACAUAGACUAAGCUUUCAUGCUGAUUUUUGUUGAUACGUGUGGCGAGUCGGCCUGCGAGUGGGUAAAAAUGAACUAGGGUAAGUGAAAGAGACUCUUUCAGACUUUGAAGGUGUUUAUUUACUGAGAAUUCUUGAUUAUUGAAAUGUGAUGGUUUGAUGAAUAGAAGACCCUUUUGGAUGUAAUGAAAACAGAGCAUAGCUAAAUCCAUAGGAGCUAAGUAGUAUGGCUGAUUUGCUUCAUGCACCUUGUACUUUGGUUUUAUGAAGCAUUCUGAGAUUUGUUUGACA